AUGUGUCAACUUGAGCAGAGACUGAGAGAGAGAGAGAGAAAAAAAGUAGUUUGUUAGAAACUAGGGCAGAAUAGAAAAGUCUGUACUGACUGACUGAGGCCACCCAUCUCCCAUACGCAGCCCCUGCGGACAGCAACACUGGCAAACUCGUUAAGGAACUGGCUUCAUUCAGGGGCUAUGACACAAGGGAAGUCCGACGGGUCACCAUGGCAAAUAGCUGACUGUAUCUUUACGGACUCCAUUGAAAUCAACAGCAGACCCUUUGUAACUUCCCUUUGAUAACUGAAGAUGGAUCAUUUUGACUUCCUGACUAACAUGGAACAAAUAUCAUCCACAAAAGAUUUAGGCAGUACAGAAGGUGAUGACAACAUUGAAGAAGACAAUGGCACUAGUGCACAAAAUCUAGCUCCUCUGAAUUGUGACAGCUCUGAGUUAAUACAGUUUUCAGAGUCAAGGACAGAAGACAGCGGGACCCUCAUUGAAACAAACCUUUUUCAGAUCUCGGCCAAUUCAGUUAAUGAAAUGGAUCCGGGUGCCAACAGUUUUGUGGAGGAUCUUGCUGAUGAUCUUGGUGAUCGUAAUGUUAUUACAGAAAACCCUUUCUUAAGCUUUGAUUUAGAAACCAAAAGUACGUUUGCCCAGAGUGAGAAUUCAGAUAUAGGACCAGUUGAAAAGUGUAUCAGUGAACUAACAGACAAUGAGCUUUUCAAGGAUUUGGAAGACAAAUUAGACACUUCUAAUCGAUCUGAAAGCACAAGUUCAUUUGAAAGUAAUGGAUCUACACCAUGGGUACAAGCUGUAUUACUGACCAAAAACACCAAUGAUGCAGGGAACUGUGCUGAGGAAAGUACUGACAGUCUUUUUAAUCAUUCAGAUUCAAUGACUACUGAUAGCCCGGGUUCAUCAGAGCCCUUAACACCCUCUGUCAAUGAAGAAACUGAUGAGGAAUUGUUGAGGGAUAAAUCUGAGGAGUUACCCCAGGUUUCUGAUACAGCCGCAUCUCCUGACGAAGUUAUUAUUGACCCAUCAGAUGUUGUUUUUUUACAAGAGGAUGUGUGGCAUCAGAACAAAGCGUUUAUUCCUAUUUCAACCACAGAUGUUGCCACAACUGAGGAGGCAUUGGAUAAGAAGUGUGACCCAGAUCCAGUGGUAAUCACAAAGAACUGUGAGCCAAUUAGCGGUGAAAUGGAAAUUGAAGCAGCUGAAGAAGUUAACACAGAAAAUUGCUAUGUGAUAAACACACAGGAUGCAGUAUCUACUCUACCCUCAUACAUUCCUUCAGUGCACAAGGAGCUGGUGGGAUGGAAUAACCAACAGAUGGAGAGUGAGGACACCAGCCACUUCUCUUUUGGACAUCAGACAUUCAGCAAAGAGUUAAAAGUAACAAGCAGUGAAGAAUCCGUGCCUGUUUUUUUCAAUUCUAAGGAUGCAUAUUCUGAAUCCAACAAAACUGUGUUCAUCACUUCAAUACCUCAAUCAGUACAUUUCCCUGACAAUCAGGAUACUUCAGUGAGAGGAACUUUCAGGGAUUAUGUAGAUGAUGUUUGCAAAGAAGAUGUGUCUACUGAUAUGCCAAAAACCAGCCAGAUGUGGAACUCAGAAAAAACAAAACUUUGUGAUUGUCAGGAAGCAAAGCAGCCAUCUCCAAUAGCCGACAGGGAGAUUUGGAACCCAACUAUGGAUAGUCAGAUGGGUUUGGACAUAGGCCAACAACAAGAAUGCACAGUAUUUGUAAAAAAAGAUCCAGUAAAUUGCAGCUACAAUAAUGCUGAUAAAAACGUUGAAAGAAUGGAACUGAGUGACUUGCCUCAAGAAAAGGAGGAAGAGGAGAAAGAAGAAACCACAGAUGUCAUCACUGGAAAAGAUGGUGUUCAGAACAAGCAACAAGCUGGAACUCUGCCUGAAACAAAUAUCACAAAGGAAACAACAGACUUUGAAGCUCUACUAGCUAAUGGGAAUAAACCGGAUCGAGAAGUUGCCAUUAAGUUAGCUUACAAGCUCUACAACCUUGACGGGUUUAAGAAGACGGAGGUCGCACCCUACAUAGAAAAGAAUAAUGAAUUCAGUCAGAUGAUAGCUGAGGAAUACCUGCAAUUAUUUGACUUCAGGGAGAUGGGCCUCGAUCAGGCACUAAGAAAAUUCCUAAUGGCAUUUGCUUUGACUGGAGAGACUCAGGAACGGGAGCGAGUUUUACAACACUUCUCGAACCAAUACCAGCACUGUAAUCCGGACAUUAUUCAUAGCAAAGAUGCCGUUCACACCAUAACCUGUGCACUUAUGCUUUUAAAUUCAGAUCUUCAUGGCAAAAAUCUUGGCAAAAGUAUGUCCAGUCAAGAUUUCAUAACUAACUUGGAAGGGAUGAAUGAUGGGAAGGAUUUUCCAAAAGAUUUUCUUAAGGGUCUGUACCAUUCAAUAAAAAGCAAGAAGCUCGAAUGGGCUGUAGAUGAAGAAGAGCUGCAGAAAUCCAUCAUGCCAAUGUCAGAAGAUACUACCAGUAUAACAGGUGCGGCAGACAAAAGCAGCCCCUUCCUGGAAGUCCCACAAGAUCACAAAGCUCCAACCUACAAGCAAGGAUUUCUCAGCCGCAAGUUCCACGCGGACACUGAUGGCAAAAAAACACCCUGGGGAAAGAGAAGCUGGAAAACCUUUUAUGCUGUACUAAAGGGAACAAUCAUCUACCUGCUGAAGGAUGAGUACAGGCCUGAUAAGCAGUCAUCAGAGGAGGCGAUCAGCAUUCACCACUCACUGGCGAUCAAAGCUGCUGAAUAUAACAAGCGCCCUCAUGUUUUCCGUCUGCAGACAGCUGACUGGCGAAUCUUCCUAUUCCAGGCUCAAAGUGCCGAACAGAUGUAUUCCUGGAUAACCCGCAUCAAUCUUGUGGCCGCUAUGUUUUCCUCACCGCCAUUCCCAGCAGCUAUUGGAUCAAAGAGGAAGUUCAGUCGUCCAAUUUAUCCAGCCACUGCCUCUAAACAGUCAGAGGAGGCACAGCUUGAAUCCCAUGAUUCCAUGUUGCAGUCGAUUUUAGACGAUCUUGAUGAUCAUCAACUGAAUGUUCCUGACAAGAAGAGCAAAGCAAAGGAGUUUGAGGAGUACAAGUUGAAGCAGGAGUAUUUUGAAUACGAGAAAUGCCGGAUUGAAACCUACGUGAAGCUUCUAAAGAUCAAGCUGAAAGAACGCACCGAUGACUUUGACAAACUGGAUGCUCAGUUGUUUAGCACCUUGGAAGAAGAAGGAGGCAACCUUAAAAAAUCACAUUCUAGCCCGUCCCUCAACCAGGAAGAGGUACCGAUUGUCAAGGUGAAGAGAAAUGUGUCAGAGCGGAGGACCUACAGGAAAAUUAUUCCAAGCAGGCAUAGAAAAUUAAUUUAAAAAUAAUUGUAGAGCAGAACUUUGUUUAAAGCGCAUUGAGUGAGGCUGUUGAAAUCAGACUCUGGUAAUCAAAUAUAUGAAGAAAGUCAAGAAAAUAUUAUACAAAAUGGUAGUGACCAACACAGGAGUUGGGGGGGUAUUUUAUUUUUGUAUUUUAAAGUUGUUUUAUAAUGUUUAUGUAAGCACAUCCUGCAUUUUGAAAAUGUGACCUCUUGGCUCAGUCACACUGAGGAACCUAUUCACUAACUGAAAAGAUCUGCUUCACAGUUUUGGCAAAGGCUUAGUGGGCCGAAACGCUGCCUAAAGUGAUACAGAGUUUGCGUUCACGUACUCGAGAGAUUCUGCAGAUAUCCAGAGUAACACACACAAACUGCUGUAAAAUCAGCAGGUCAGGCAGCAUCUAUGGAGAGGAAUGAACGGGCAUUAUUUCAUGGUCUGUGUGGAGUGACUAACCAUAAUCAAGGCAGGUUUACAGCCAGUGACUGCUGGUCACUAAUUUCACUGGAUUUUUUUUUCUCUAGCAUUCUGCCCUUAUGCCCUUGCAAGGCUCUGGGCCAACAGUCAUCCUUUGUCAUGAUUGUGAUAGGUAAGAUAAAAGCAGGGUGAAGAAUCCUGUUAGCCAUAAAUAUUACAGAUAAAUAGAACCAAAGGGCCUGUUUCUGUGCUGUAAGGGCUACCUAUCUGCAGGCUUGAGGCAAAAUCUCCACGGUAUUUGAUGAUAUUGCCCUCCAUCUUCAGUGAUUCACUCAUUGAUGAAAGCAAUUGUUGUCAGCCAGUGAUCUCUACUCUGGUAAAGAGUUAAUAUUUGCAUGUAUAAAGCGGAAGAAAAACCAAAAAUUAAAAAAAACAUUGAAUAGUUAAGAAAAGCCAAACAGAUGGCUGCUGUGCAAAGUGUCUCAGGACUGCAGUCAGAAUAUACCAAAGCAAAAAUAUUAUUUGCUCUUUUCAGCCAUCUCUCUAGAUUUACAUAUCAUUAAUAGAAUAGAAAAGAAACAAAGAAAUGCCUGCAGGUUACCGAUACAAAUUGCGUAUUGUGCUUGCUUUUGAUUUAGGUCUAGCUUUCCUUAAUUGUAUGGUUCUGUUUUGUGAUGCUUGAAUUUUAUCAGAGGCAGGGCUGCAGAGAUACCUCAACUUUGCACAAUUGUCUAGUUUAUGCUCAGCGGCUUCAGUGGAAAUUAAAUUGGGAAGCAAUGGAAAAUGGUUUGCAAAUUCAACAUUACCAGUUUUAUACUACUGCAUCAAAUCAAAACAAUUCCUGCACACUGCGCACUUUGUAUGCUUUUCUCCUUGCUUAAGACAGAAACCAUAUAAUUAUCAAAUAUACCAAAUGACUACUCAGUGGACAACCCUAGUGGGUCUAAAGCUAGUCUGUCGUUUGGAGCUAAUAAUGUACAUGGAGAAAGAAACUGUGUGGAUAAUUAUUUUUUAAAAAAGGCACCUUGUUAGUAAUUCUGCCUUGUUAGCUCACUCAUAAUGGAAGUGGAAAUGAAAAUAGGUUCCCAACCUAUUAGAUCAAUCUUUUAAACUCUUCAGGUGGGCUGAUUGUAGUAUAGCUUUGUGUCUGGGUGUUAAUCUAAUUACAGUGAGUUCUCACUUUCUUGAUGGAACACAGAAGCUUUUGCACUGGAGCCAAACCCUAUUAUUAACUGGGGGGUGUGGGGGGUGGCACUGUAGUGUAGCUGUUAGCACAAUUCUUUACAGCACCAACAAUUAGGGGUCAAUUCCUACUGCCAUCUGUAAGGAGUUUGCACAUGAUCCCCAUGACCAUGUGUAUUUCCUCCAGGUGCUCUAGUUCCUUCCCAAAUUCCAAAGACAUACGGGUUAGGGUUAGUAAGUUAUGCUGGUGCCACAAGUACGGUGACACUUACGCACUGAUUCCCAGCAUAUGCUUAGACCGCGUUGGCCAUUGACGCAAACAACACAUUUCACUGUAUUUUCUGAUGUACAUGUGACAAAUAAAGCCAAGCUUCUUUUUUUAAAUCUUUUUUAAAAUGAAAUGUCCACAAUUAGCAGUGCUGAAAUAUAUUUCAGAUUUUCUCAGUAACUGCAAUAGUACAGUUGUUGCUAUAAAGGAUCCAGCAGCAAUUAAUGGGUUUGGUAUCGCACAUUGGCCUACGAACUCUUAACGAGGUGAAGGAAAAUAUAAAGUGAAUAUCCAAGUUUGAAUUAUCUCAAGAUUUCACUGCACUGGGGGUAUUUUAUUUCAAAGCUGUAAUUAUUUCUGUGGUUUAAAGUCCCUUCAAGAAGAUUUAACAUAAGGUAGGCGUCUGUUAUAUAUCUGUUCUGCAGAACAAGCCCACUCUCUCCUAUCGACAUUAAGAUCUGCUUUUUUGUUAUUUUUGAUCAGAUGUUUUCUUUAAAUGGGAAAACCAGCUGGUUUAAAGCUCAAGCUUUUAAUACUUGGGCACAGAAUUAGCAUUUAACAAACUCAAAAUCAAACCCAAAUGCCAUUUCAGAGGAGAACAGGAGCCAGAUUUACAUUUCUAGCAAAAACAUUGCAAAGACCAAAGGAGUACUUAAAGUGCUCACCACCUAAAAGAGGGGAAGUUAAACAGACAGACAUUCCAGAUGGAGGCUUCCUGUACAAACAUAUUAGCACAGAUUCAGUGAAGGGGAUCAUCUGAAAUGUUGCUGUGUCUAUCCGUUCUCACUUGUUCAAGGACCCUCUAUGUGUUCGUGGUACAGGGUGGUACAGGAAAAGAAUAGAGAGAACUGCAAUCAGAUGAUACGAAAACUAUAGAUAAGAUUGUCGUUUAUAUCUGUGAUCUGGACAAUAAUGUGGUUAACUGGAUCAGCAAAUUUGUGGGUGACACCAAGAUCGUGGGAUGUAAUGGACAGUGAAGAAAGCUAUCAUGGCUUGCAGAGGAAUCUGCAUCAGCUGAGAAUGGGCUGUAAAAUGGCAGAUGGAAUUUAAUGCAGACAAGUGCAAAGAUUUGUACUUCAGUAGGACCAGCCAUCCAACACAGUGAAUGGUAGGGCACUGAGGAUUGUGGUACAACUAAGGGAUGUGGGAAUACAGGUCCAUAAUUUAUUGUUAGUGGCAUCACUGGUAAAUGAGGUCAAAAAGAAAGUUUUUGGCAUGUUGUGUUGUGUACAGGAAAUGGGAUACUAUGUUGAAGUUGUAUAAGACGCUAGUGAGGUCUAAUUUAGAGUAUUGUGUGCAGUUUUGGUCACCUACCUACAGGAAAGAUGUAAACAAGAGAAAAUUUACAAGGAAGUUGCCAGCUCUGGAGGACCUGAGUUAUAAGGAAAGGUUUGGAUUUUAUUCCUCGGAAUGUAGAAGAUAGAGAGGAGAUUUGAUAGAGGUAUAUAAAAUUAUGAGGAGUAUAGAUAGGGUAAAUGCAAGCAGGCUUUUUCCACUGAGGCUGGGUGGGACGACAACCAGAGGUCAUGGGUUAAGGGCGAAAGGUGAAAAGUUUAAGGGGAACAUGAGGGGAAACUUCUUCACUCAGAGGGUUGUGAGAGUGUGGAAUGAGCUGCCAGUACAAGUGCUGUAUGCAAGCUCAAUUUCAACAUUUAAGAGAAGUUUACCGAGAUACGUGGAUGAGAGGGGUCUGGAGGACGAUGGCUCAGUGCAGGUCGAUGGGAGUGGGCAGUUUAAAUGGUUUCAGCAUGGACUAGAUGGGCUGAAGAGCCUGUUUCUGUGCUGUAUUUCUCUAUGACUCUAUAAACCAUUCUGGGAAAGUUCAGGUAUUUUCCACAAGCAUUGGUCAUGCCGGGACGGAGCUUCCUUUGCAUUCUGUCUACUGAUCGGAGCAACAACAGUUUAAUCCUGGCAGCCCUUCAGCUGUCUUUACUGCCGGGGAGUAAGGCAGACAGAAAACAAAAUAACAUAAUUGCAGAAUAGAUCGAGCAAAUUGCAUCUCUCCACGCCUGUAUUUUCUAUUAUCUUCAAUAUGUUCUCCAUCUAUUCAAUCUAUUCAGAGCUCAGGUUUAGUCACUGCUUUACAAAUGAUUGCUAAAUCGUCACCAUGUGAUCUACAACUGAAUGUGCAUGUCUGCUGGAUUAUAAGAAACUGGAUCUGUCUUUUGUGCUCCCUCUUCAUUAACCCCAUAUCCCUUCAAUCCCUUUGUAAGAAUCUGCUUCAAAUGUACCUAAUAAUUAAGCCUCUUCUAUUCAAUAAGUAGAGGAUUCCAAAGAUUCACAGUAUGGUAGUUUGGCGGUUAGCCUAUCACCUUACAGUGCCAACGAUCGCUGAUCGCCCUUCAAUUCCCACCGCUGCCUGUAAGAUGUUUAUACAUUCUCCCCAGGACCAUGUGGGUUUCCUCCAGCUGCUCAGCUUUCCUCCCACAGUCCAAAGACAUUCUGGUUUGGGUUAGUGAGUUGUGGGCAUGCUGUGUUGGCACUGGAAGCAUGGCGAUACUUGCAGGCUGCCCAGUCCAAUCCUUGCUGAUUUGAUUUGCCGCAAACAACACAUUUCACUAUAUGUUUCGAUGUACAGGUGACACAUAAAGAUACAGAUUCAUUACCCUCUGUGUGGACAAAUUUCAUGGGAUAUCCCAACCACAGGAAGCCUCCCCGUAUCUACACUGUCAUUCCCUGCUGGAGUUCCGUGCAUCUUACUUAGGACCUAUUACAGUCUGCUUCAUCUCUCCUUAUGCAACAAAGCCACCGCCACCCCCCCACCAAGGAAUCAAUCUGGCAAGUUUAUAUUUCUCAAGGGAGGGAACCCAGACUUGAACACAAGAUUUAGCCUCACCCGGACUCUUGGAGAAAGGUACCUCUGUUCUUGAACUCAAAUUCUCAUGCAAUAAAGGCCAAUGAUUUAAUUGGACAAAAGCACCAUGUUUCAGCUCUCAUCACUUAGCUUGUCUGUCUGAGAAUAAAACAGUUAAAGCUUAUUGAUCUACCCCAUGAUUAUUAGUUUUAAGUUUUAUUUCCCUGAUUUCCCUUUUAGAAUCCAAACAAUGCCCAGAACCUAAUACUGACAAAUGAUCCCAAGCAGUCCCUAAAAUUAUUACAAUGAUUUCACCUAAUGGGAUAAUAUCACAUGUUGUUCAGUAGCCAGGCUUACUGAUGGGUACAACAGUGAACAAGUGGUUAUCAGUUUUCGUUUCAUUGACCAGUUGUUUUUGCAGGACUCCAACAGUUUAUUUUCACUGGCUUAAAUGCAAUUAAUGAGGUCUUUUUGAUCAAAGGCCUUUCAAGUUAACAUUGAAGUCUCGGGCCAUUAGCUACCUGAUAGCUAGAGGUGAAAAUAACGGACCAAGUUUUGUUUUGUAGUUACGAUUCGGAUAACAUUCAUUUGCGUGUUGUAAGGGUACAGUUUGGCUAUAGAAUGGCAGUGUGAGAACUGCAGAUUAAAGGGUUAAAACUGGUGAAAUGCUUAAAAAGAUGUACAAUUGAAAAUGCAGAGGGUAUUACCUAGUGUUCUCAAAAUGGUCUUGAUUGAUGGACAAGAGAAAAUCUGCAGAUGCUGGAAAUUCGAGCAACACGCAAAAAAUGCUGGAGGAACUCAACAGGCCAGGUAGCACCCAGGAUGAGAGUACCAUCGACAUUUUGGCCGAAACCCUUCAGCAGUGUCCUACCCAGUUUCGUCUUGAAACGUUGACUGUACUCUUUUCCAUAGAUGCUGCCUGACCUGCUGAGUUCCUCCCGCAUUUUGUGUGUGUUGCUCUUGCUUGAUGGAGCCACCAGAUGGCAGUCUCUCCCUUUCAGUCUGUUCAGAAGGUGCCAACUUCAAAUGCAAAUUACGGGGGAAAACUGGAAAUCUGAAAAUGCUGGAAUUGUGCUGUUAGAAAGAAAUUUUAAAGAAAUGUACUGUUAAAAUGAAUAUUUAUUUUCACAGUCUUCAUCGGAAUUGGAAACUGAUUUCUCAUUGCUAGAAAAAAAUACUGAUGUGGAUUGCUAACUCAAUAAUCACUGUAUUUCCAGCACUUUCUUGUUUAUCUGUGCAUAAAUGCAUCUCAGGUCAAAGGAUACUAUGUGUAAUAUACAGACAAAAAUAGAGCAGCAAUAUCAAAUGUCUAUUUUUUCAGUUGAAUGGAAAAUAAUUGUGCGCUAUUUUAGUCAAAAAAAAUUUGUGCCAUAUAGUGUUAUUUUAAUAAGAGUUCUUUAACAAAAUGUCUAUAUAAUAAUUGUUUUAAAAUUCCUUUUUAGUAGCUAAAAGCUGUUAAAUAAAUAAUGAUUUCUA